AUGUAUACACAAGGAGACAAUCCAAGAGUGGAUGAGUCUAGAAGAUCGGGUGAAAAUAGUUCCCGAAGAACAUCCCGGGCAAUUGUAAAUAAACUACAUUUCAAUAAUAUGUCUUCUCAUUCUAAAUCUCACAGAACAUCACAAACAGGCCCGCGUAUACUUAGUGCAAUAGAAAUCUUCCUCUCCACUGGCCGCAUUCCUAACAGUUACUCCACUAUGAAUUUAUGCAAAUUUUGUUGGAGCUAA